AUGGCAGAGCUCAGAAAAAGAGAGGAGCUGCCUGAAGAUGUGAGCUCAGAUGACUGCUUGGCUUCCUACUCACACAUCUACAGUCCGGAUUUACUCAAAGAUCAAGUGGCUUUCAUCACAGGAGGCGGAUCUGGAAUCGGACUUCGUAUAGCUGAGAUCUUUAUGAGACAUGGUUGUGACACAGUGAUUGCCAGCAGAAACCUGGACAAGCUAAAAGAGGCAGCGGUAAAGCUGUCGGCUGCGUCAGGACGACGUUGCCUCCCUCUGCGUAUCGACGUGAGGCAGCCGGAGAGCAUCAUAGCAGCUGUGGAUGAGACGCUGAAAGAGUUCGGCCGCUUAGACGUCCUGAUCAACAAUGCUGCUGGAAACUUCCUCUGCCCUGCUUCUGCACUCUCCUUUAAUGCUUUCAAAACUGUCAUGGAGAUAGACACCAUGGGGACAUUCAACACCAGCAAGGUGGUGUAUGAGAAGUGGUUCAAGGAUCAUGGAGGUAACAUAGUCAACAUCUCUGCCACGCUGGCGUACCGAGGACAGGCCCUUCAGGUGCAUGCUGGCUCUGCUAAAGCUGCAAAUGAUGCCAUGACCAAACACUUGGCUGUAGAGUGGGGGCCCAGUGGAGUUAGGGUCAAUGCUGUGGCCCCAGGACCAAUCUCUGGUACUGAGGGUUUUCGGCGACUUGGUGGUUCUGGUGCAGAGGCUGCAGGUUCUUUCCAGUCCAUUCCUCUGCAGCGAGCUGGCAACAAGACAGAGAUGGCCCACUGCACUCUUUUCCUGGCCAGUCGAGCCUCUUCUUACAUGACCGGGGCCGUCCUGGUGGCGGAUGGCGGGGCGUGGUUGACCUCGGCCAAUGACAUCUCUGCGCUGUUGGGUAUAGCCUCCUCUAAAUCUGCUAAGCUCUGAGCAGGAGCUCUCAUGUCCUCCUGUCCUCCUCCUGGCCCAGGUUACUGGUCACCAGAAAAAAGGAAGGACAAGUGAUCAGGAGAAAUCAGGACCUUUUUAUUAUAAUGAUGCUGUUUAUGGACAAUAGCAAAUGUUUAUUAAGCCUAUAGGUGCCUUAGGUGUCUGUUGCUAGAUUUAGAAAACAAAUUAAAUAUAUAAAUAUUAUUUCAUAAUGGUACAAAUGAUAUAAUUGUUGAUAAACAUCAUAGUGGACAGUAUUGUAAAAUAUUUCCCACACUUUUAUUGCACUUAUCAAUAAAAGC